CCCGUCCCAGCAGCAGUGGGGUUAAGCCUGGCCGGGCGGGCGGCUGGCCGGGCGUCAAGGUGGUUGCUCCAUCCCUGCGCAGGGGCCGGAGAGCAGAGAGGGAGCACUGCCCUGCCCGCCACCAUGAGCGCAGGCAAAGCAGGUGUCACCCUCCUGCUCCCCCUGGCCCUGCUGCUGGCCACCGCCGCCCAGCCCCCCGGGGGGGACACCCCAAAGGAGCAGGGGGACACGGACCCCCCCCACUGCCCCAGCCCUUGCGCCUGCAGCUUGGAUGACUACAGCGAGGAGCUCAACGUCUUCUGCAGCGCCCGCAACCUGACGCGCCUGCCCGAGGACGUCCCCCCCAACGCCAAAGCCCUUUGGCUGGACGGCAAUAACUUCACCCUGCUGCCGGCCGCUGCCUUCAGGAACCUCUCGGCCUUGGAUUUUCUGGACCUACAGAGCAGCCAGCUGGCCGCCGUGGAGCAGCACGCCUUCCACGGGCUGCGGAGCCUCUACCACCUCCACCUGGAACGCAACCGCCUCAAGUACUUGGCUCCCCACACCUUCUUGCACACCCAGAACCUCGUCUCCCUCAGCCUCAACAACAACUACUUCAGUAAGGUGGAGGAAGGGCUGUUUGCUGGGCUCUCCAACCUCUGGUAUCUGAAUCUAGGCUGGAACUCCCUUGUGGUCCUGCCCGACAAGGUCUUCCAUGACUUGCCCAACUUGAGGGAGCUGAUCCUGGCUGGGAACAAGCUCCCCUACCUCCAGCACCAGCUCUUCUGCAGCCUUACCGAGCUGAAGGAGCUGGACCUGAGUGGUAACGCGCUCAAGGGCAUCAAGAUCAACAUCUUCGUCAAGCUGCAGAAGCUACAGAAGCUGUACCUGAACCACAACCAGAUCAACACCAUCACACCUCGCGCCUUCAUGGGCAUGAAGUCCCUCCGGUGGCUGGAUCUCUCUCACAACCGGCUGGUCUCGCUGUUUGAGGACACCUUUCUGGGGCUCCUGAGCCUGCACGUCCUACGCUUGUCCACCAACUCCAUCACCAGCCUGAGGCCCAGGACUUUCAAAGACCUCCAGUUCCUCGAGGAGCUGCAGCUGGGGCACAACAGGAUCCGGAGCCUGGCAGAAAGGACCUUUGAAGGGCUGGGCCAGCUGGAGGUCCUCAGCCUCAACAACAACCAGCUACAAGACAUCAGGGUUGGGGCAUUCCUAGGGCUGUACAACGUGGCAGUGAUGCACUUGUCUGCGAACUGCAUCAAGGUCCUCCCCGACUAUGUCUUCAAGGGGGUCACCAAACUGCACAGCCUCCACCUAGAGCACAGCUGCCUCAGCAGGAUCCGGGCAAACACCUUCUCCAGCCUCUCCAGCCUGCGGCGGCUCUUCUUACAGCACAACGCCAUCUCUGUCAUCGAAGACCAAAGCUUCAGAGAACUGCACGAGCUCCUAGAGCUCGACCUGAAGCACAACAGGCUGAGCCACCUCUCGCCCCAGCUCUUCAUGGGUCUGAGCAACCUGGAGUACCUUUUCCUUUCCUCCAACCAGCUCCUGGAGAUCUCCCAGGAUACCUUCAGCCCGCUCCAGAGACUCUUCUGGCUUGACCUCUCCCAUAACCAGCUGGAGACCCUGGACAACAGUGUCAUCUCCCCCCUGGCCAACCUGCGGUACCUCAGCCUGAAGAACAACUCACUGGAGACCUUCUCAGUGGGCUUCCUGUGUACCUCCUUCGCCCUGGAGCAGCUGUGGCUGGGGGGCAACAACUGGCAUUGCAACUGCUCCCUGAAGGGCCUGCGGGACUUCUCCCUGCAGCACCCUGUGGUGGUCCCCCGCUUUGUGCAGUCCGUGGCCGAGGGGGACGACGCCCACGUCCCCAUCUACACCUACAACAACCUCACCUGCCUCCACCCCCCGGCCGUGGCGGGCCUGGACCUCCGCGACACCACCGAGGACAGCUUUGCUCACUGCUGAUGCAUGCCAGCCCUUCCUGGGGGUGGCGGGGGGGUUGGGGGGGGAGAUACACCAGGGACCCUUUGCCCGCCUCCUCCCCAGCCCCAUCCUGGGCCCCCUGGGGCAGCAGCAGGAGCUGCGGCUCCACAGCCGCCCCAGUUUAGCCCAAGUUUCACCGCUGCCGGUCCCCGGGGCAGCAGCAAGGAGCCAUGCCCGCACCAUGCUGGACCGUGACCCCGGCCAUCGGCAGGGGGAGAUGGACACCUGCUCCCCAGCUGGGCUUUGCUGGCUUCAAACUGAAAUAUUUCAGUCCUUUGAUAUUUAAAUAGCAGCCCCUGGGUUAGCGUGUGGUGUGGUCACUCCCGGCGGGGGGAACUCGAGCAUCUCCAAGCCUCCAGGAUGGGGGAAAGCUGCACCCCCAGCCCGGAGCCCUCCCCACGGUGAGGUACAUCCCUGCCGGGGCCAGGACUCACUGGGACAAAGCAAAGCAUCUUCCUGCCAUGGAGCAGCCGAGAAAUCCUAAAAGCACCCCCCCGAGCUCCCCAGUAGGUUUAGGGAAGCGGGGGUGUGUGUGUGUGUGUGCAGAUGACCUGCUUUAAUCAUUCCUUGCACUAGCAGGUGUAGGCAGGGUGCAGAAAACCACACACGUCACUUACCUGAUA